GCGCAGAGAGAGGCGGGCGGGUGGGCUGGCGGACGGCGGACGCGUCGGAGCCGCGGGCGGUCAGGAGGAUUUGACCGUCUGGAACAUGCAUACUAAGCUCUGCAGUUCUGGGCUGUGCCAGCGGAUCCUUUAAAGGAAGAGCUAUGGCUGCCGCAGCAGCUUCUCACCUGAACCUGGAUGCCCUCCGGGAAGUGCUGGAAUGCCCCAUCUGCAUGGAGUCCUUCACAGAGGAGCAGCUGCGGCCCAAGCUCCUGCACUGUGGCCAUACCAUCUGUCGCCAGUGCCUGGAGAAGCUGCUAGCCAGUAGCAUCAAUGGUGUCCGCUGUCCCUUCUGCAGCAAGAUCACCCGCAUAACCAGCCUGACCCAGCUGACAGACAACCUGACGGUGCUGAAGAUCAUUGACACAGCUGGGCUCAGCGAGGCCGUGGGUCUGCUCAUGUGCCGGGCCUGUGGGCGGCGGCUCCCUCGGCAGUUCUGCCGGAGCUGUGGUGUGGUGUUAUGUGAGCCCUGCCGGGAGGCGGACCACCAGCCCCCUGGCCACUGCACCCUCCUCGUCAAAGAGGCGGCUGAGGAGCGGCGUCAGGACUUCGGAGAGAAGUUGGCCCGCCUGCGGGAGCUUACGGGGGAGCUGCAGCGGCGGAAGGUGGCCUUGGAAGGCGUGUCCAAGGACCUCCAGGCAAGGUAUAAGGCAGUUCUCCAGGAGUACGGGCACGAGGAGCGCCGGGUCCAGGAGGAGCUGGCUCGCUCGCGGAGGUUCUUCACAGGCUCGUUGGCGGAGGUUGAGAAGUCCAAUGGUCAGGUGAUAGAGGAGCAGAGCUACCUGCUUAACAUUGCGGAGGUGCAGGCCGUGUCUCGCUGUGACUACUUCCUGGCCAAGAUCAAGCAGGCAGAUGUAGCCCUGCUGGAGGAGACAGCUGAUGAGGAGGAGCCAGAGCUCACCGCCAGCCUGCCACGGGAGCUGACCCUACAGGACGUGGAGCUCCUUAAGGUCGGCCAUGUCGGUCCCCUCCAAAUUGGGCAGGCUGUCAAGAAGCCCCGGACGGUCAACAUGGAAGAUUCCUGGGAUGUGGAGGCUGCAGCCUCGGCUGCCUCUACCUCUGUUACUUUUAGAGAGAUGGACCUGAGCCCUGAGGGAGUGGUCGCCAGCCCUAAGGCCUCUCCGGCUAAGCUGCGGGGCUCUGACAUGGCUGCCAACAUCCAGCAGUGUCUCUUUCUUAAGAAGAUGGGGGCCAAGGGCAGCACGCCAGGCAUGUUCAACCUUCCUGUUAGUCUCUGUGUGACCAGUCAAGGCGAGGUCCUGGUUGCUGACCGUGGCAACUACCGUAUACAAGUCUUCACGCGCAAAGGCUUUCUGAAGGAGAUCCGUCGCAGCCCCAGUGGCAUUGAUAGCUUUGUGCUGAGCUUCCUUGGGGCUGAUCUGCCCAACCUCACUCCCCUCUCAGUGGCCAUGAACUGCCACGGGCUGAUUGGUGUGACUGACAGCUAUGACAACUCCCUCAAGGUAUACACCUUGGAUGGCCACUGCGUGGCCUGUCACAGGAGCCAGCUGAGCAAACCCUGGGGCAUCACAGCCCUUCCAUCUGGCCAGUUCGUGGUGACUGAUGUGGAAGGCGGGAAGCUCUGGUGCUUCACCGUUGACCGAGGGGCAGGGGUGGUCAAAUACAGCUGCCUCUGUAGUGCCGUGCGGCCCAAGUUUGUCACCUGUGAUGCUGAGGGCACUGUCUACUUCACCCAGGGCUUGGGCCUUAAUCUGGAGAAUCGGCAGAAUGAGCACCACCUGGAGGGGGGCUUCUCCAUUGGCUCUGUGGGCCCUGAUGGGCAGCUGGGUCGCCAGAUUAGCCACUUCUUCUCCGAGAACGAGGACUUCCGCUGCAUCGCUGGCAUGUGUGUGGACGCCCGUGGUGAUCUCAUCGUGGCUGAUAGCAGUCGCAAGGAAAUUCUCCACUUCCCUAAGGGUGGGGGCUACAGUGUCCUCAUUCGAGAGGGGCUUACCUGUCCAGUGGGCAUCGCCCUCACUCCUAAGGGGCAGCUGCUGGUCUUGGACUGUUGGGAUCAUUGCAUCAAGAUUUACAGCUAUCAUCUGAGACGAUAUUCUACUCCUUAGGGGGUGAGGAGAUCAGUUUCUGCUUCUCAGCCAGUUUCUCUUUUCCUUAUUCCUUGGUGGUUGGCAGUAGUGUAGAAUAGACUUGGCUUAUGUCCUCAUUGCAGCUGGCUAGUCGUGGAAUUUUUGAUGCCCUGUCUUUAGUGUUUCUUAUUUGCAUUAUUUCCCCUGCUAAAUUUAGAGCCAAAUAGGACACGUGCUGUGGGGUUAGCCGAACUUUGGUUAGAACUUAGGCACUUCCAGGCUUCAGCAGAGAGCCUUCUGCCCCUGUAUUUGAAAUUUGCCCUUGUUGAUUCUCCUCUUUUGACUCUGAUAAUCCUUGUCCAUUAUUUCCUUCCUGUUAGAAUAUUCAUCAUGUGUGGCACUUUCUCCUCAACUCUGCUGCAUUUAGUGUGCAUGCUCCAGGGGGAUCUCCUCCCCCUCCCGGUGACAUUUCAGGUAUCGUAUCCCGGUGGCAUGAUGUCCCGACCCUGGUCACCUUUACCAGUGUGAAAGCUCAUUCAUUGCCACCAAAGGAGAUAAACAAUCCCUUUGAGAGGCAUUGCCUCUUGGCUCUAUAGAGGUUUUGUGCCAGUGACAGAAUGGAUUGAUCCUAGUUGGUUGGUCAAGGACUUUAGCCUGGGAUUGCUUGCCUUUGAAAGGACCAUAUGGAUUGGAAUUAUGUCAAUGUGUAGGAAGAUGGGAAUAAACAAAUGAAAUGCUAAUAUAGUUAGUAAACACCCCUGGAUAGUCUCUACAGCUCACUGUUUUUCAUACUCACUCUCUCCACUGACCUGUGCUAGCAGUUGCCUGUGGAAUUGUACCAUACAGGCCAAGGCCAGCGAAGUGGAGGGUGGGGAGACACAUCUCAUUCAUGACUAAAAGCAGACUUCCAGGUCUUUACUCUGUUAUUUUCCCCAGGUGAUUACAUAACAUUUGGUUUCAAGAUAUUUCCAUUCCUCUAUCAAGUAUUAAAUAAUUGAUAACUGUUCUUCAUCACUGGUGUUCAUCUCUUUUAAUUAAACAUGGAAUUUGGGAGGUCAGGAGAAGGACAAGUUAUACCAGGCUGUUUUGCCUCCAUAUUGGACACUGCAUUCUUUGAGAACAUGAAGAAUUUACCUAGUCAGCCAAAAGCACCAUUAUAUAAAGAUAACCCAGAUCUUAGAGCCACAUGCAUGUGUACAGAAUCAGCCCCCAAGGUCUAGAGUCACCAACUCUGUUUUACAUUGAGCCUCUUACCAUCUGCCUUAUCCUUACAGUUACAGUUCAAAAAGGAAGAAUCUUUGUGUUUUUAAGAAGACCAAAAGUAGGUGAGCAAAUCUGUGACAAGAGUUCCUCAGGUUUUGAUGUUUACUAAGCAACGUAUCUUGCUCUUUAAGAGCGGAUGGCAAGCCAAAGAGCUGUUGCUGUGCUUUCGUGGAAACUCUGCUAAGCUGAACUACCUACAAAAAAAAAGUCUUUUUUUUUUUUUGGUGGCAUUUUCUUGGCUUCUGUCAAGAUAGCUGCCAAAGGAUAGGAUAGGAAAGAAGAUAAUUGAAGUGAUGUCGAACUAGUCCACCCUGUGCUUUUCACCUAGAGAAAGCCCCAUGUUCUGAUUAUGAAACUGCAUCUAAUUUUCAAAGACUGUAUAAUUGAGAGGAAAUUGAUCCAAUUAAAAGUACAUCACAAAUUACUCCCCUAGUUGUUACAGCCACUCUAUCUGUGGCAGCAGCUGGCAGCAGGAGAUCUGUCUUUGGUGUCAGUGGGGGACUUGCAGAGGCAAUACAGAGGCCGAUGCCUUUGGCACACAGUUUGCAGCAGACAAUGUGAUAUUGCCGGCUGGCAUGGUGUGCCCAAGGCCAGCAAUCCUCCAGCUGCCAGUGCUAGGGGAAGGAAGUGCUAUUAGUGUUGGCAUCAGCAUAUAGGCCUGCCCCAUCCUGAACCACACUCAUGCCUUGGCCCUCAAGUACACCAGGUUAUGUGCUGGCUCAAAAUGGAAAUGUGUGGUCUGAAUAUUUUUGUUUCUUUGAUGUGAAUAAUUUAGGCUGUGCUUAGCACAAUGUUCAACUAUCUACCAUGCUGACUAAAUUGCACAGGAUAGCCCCAAGAACUAAUCUGCUCAAUCACAGCAGUUUUUUGUUUUUUAAGCCGCAGUACUCUUAUUCAAAGGAAGUCUUACAUACAAGCCUACCAUGUAAAGAGGAUCAAGGAGAGGGGGGUAAGAUUUAAUAAUAUGGUCAACUCUUGAACCACUGUGUUGUAUAUUUGAAACCAACAUAAGAUUGUAUGUCAGUGAUACGUCAAUAAAAAAAAAGAUCAAGGAACAGCUGCUCUGGUUGAAGGAGGUUUGUGGGCUGGGAGAACAGCCUUUUUGACCUCACCUAACCUCCUAUGUACCAUUAUAAAACUUGUGAAUUUGCAGAAGACAUUCUGAAAACCACUGAACUACAACACUGCUUAUCAUCCAGUUCCAUCAUACUAGCCACAUGGUCCUGGGCCAGUCAUUUAACCCUUCCUCCUCUGGAGGUGACCUGAUGAAAAUGGCUCUUCCCUCCAGCCAGGGUAUAAGAUGUGAGACAACAGAUGUGAAAAUGCCUGGAAAGAUUAUUGCAUACCCAACAAGUGAGAGUGAUCAUUGUAGUCUUUUACUGAAUGUCUCAAAAGAGUGGAGUGAGGUGGUCCAGCCACUCCCAAACAAUGUCUUCCCAUUUUCCUAUUUUGCAGGCUCCUAUUUCCCAACCAAAAUCUUAAGCAUUUCCUCCCCCUAGCCACAAGGCUUCCAAUAAAUCUGGUCACCUGUUCCUUUUUACUACUUACCUACCUAUAUCCUGUUUCCAUUACCAUGUAUAUCACUGUGUUGCAAUUAUUUGCACAUGUACUUGAGUUUUAUUAAGGGCUAACUAAUCUCUCCCUACAAGCACAUAAUAUGGUGCCUAAUUCAGAGUAUGUCCUUAGUUAUGGCUGUUUUAACUUGAUGAUAGGCCCAAUCUUCCUAACAUAUCCUUCAGAUUGGAUAAAAAAGUAAUCUCAGGCAAGCCCUUUUAUAAGGUACCGAAAAAAAUGAAAGACAAAUGAUUUACAGAUUGGUUAGCCUGUGCUUUCCUUUAUCAUUUUGAGUAAUUAUAUAGAAUUAAGGUUUCAGAGCAAUGACCCCUUGAAUAUUUAUUGAAUACCUACUGUGGGUCAGGCACUAUACCAGGUGUUCAGAAGAGAAAAA